AUGCCUGAAAACACGGCGCGCCUCACCCUGCUAUCGAUGAUGAGCGAUUUGGAGCACUUAUUGAAGCGCCACCUAGCGACGCUGAGAAACUCUCAGCUGGAAAGAAAACAAAACAACAACAAUAAUAAUAAAAUGAAAAAAACCUCGAGUCGCCAACACGAUUUCUACCAGGCGACACCACUUCCAGCUAAUAUUUUGGUUGCCUCGGUCAGCUAUAAGAAUUUACACAACACGAACAACAAGAAUAAGGAGAAGAUAACAGUUCGGGUAAAAGUGAACUUCAUGAAAAUCGGAGUUAUAGAUACCAUUCGCGACAGAUACCACGCUGACGUCAUGGUCCAAACAAAAUGGCGGGAACCAAAAUUCGAUGAAUAUGCAUUGAGUCUGGAUCAGGCCAACCUGGAAAGCUGUUGGAAUCCGCAUGUGACGAUCUGGAACGGCGUUGAAGACUUGCAGUACGAAACAACCAUCUUUCUUGAACUUGACUCCGAUCAGAGGGCCUGGAUUUGCGAGAGAAAAAGAACGCGUGGACAAUUUUUUGAAUUCAUGGAACUUCGAAAAUUUCCAUUUGAUGAGCAGGAUUUAACAGUGAUGGUAGUGAGUGACAGGAGUGAGGCUGAAUUGGAAUUCCUCCAGGAUUGCAAUCAGAAAAGUGCUGUCAAUCCGGAUACGUUCAGCGCAGCUCAAGAAUGGUAUUUAUACAACGAUGUCACAGUCUGGACCAAAAUAACAGUCAAAAAUAAAGAAAACCACCCUUGUUUCUGUGUGGCCGCCAAAGUUUCACGAAGACCUCAGUUUUUUAUUUACAAUAUUGUCGUUUUCAUGUUUUUCAUCUGCAGUCUCUCCUUCGCCACGUUUUCCGUUCAGCUGAAACUGCCAGAGUUCAGAAUACUGCUGACUUUCCUGCUCAUUCAGACAACGGUCACAUUCAAAUUCACCGUCAACAACAACUUACCCAAGAUCCCCUACCUCACGUACCUGGACAAAUACAUAUUAGGUUCGAUGACCAUCUUGUGUUGCAUCGGAAUCUGGCACUCUGUAUGCGGUUCCUUGAUCGCUCCAGUUUCACCAAGUGACAAUACAUCGGCCGCAUUUAAUACCAGCCUCGUUCUAGCAGAAACAUUCAGCUGUGAAAAAAUUGUUAAACAGGAUCCGACAGAGACAAUAUUGCUGGUGGACCGAGUAGUCUUAGGAAUAUUUGCCUUCGCCUAUAUAACUUUUCAUUUUUGGUUCUUGGUCCUCAUCAUUCAUUAUCAUAAAGGAUCGGCAGACGACAAUCGAGAUCUACCGUCAAACCCAGGAAGUCGAGAUCAUUGA